ACAAGGAAGGAUCUCCCCAAACUCCGAGCCCAGAUUCUGCUCUACCCUUAUGUCCAGAUCAUGGAUUUUAACCUGCCUUCUUAUCAGCAAAACCAUGCCAUUCCCCUCUUGUUUAAGAAAUUUGCUGUCAACCAUGGAUGCAGAUAUAUGACUGGGGAAAAAAUCAAUGUGGAAGAAAUAAUAAAGAGUGCCCAUGUUCCAGAGGAUUUUUGGGUGAAAUACAAAAAGUGGAUUAGUGCGGACAACAUCCCUGCAGAAUUUAAGGUCAGGGGCUAUGAGCCAGUGGCGCCCGCUCCAUUUUCCGAAGAGCUCUAUGAACUCUUUAAAGACGGCUUGCAAGCAAUGUUUUCCCCUCUUUUAGCAGCUGACGAAAUUGUUUGCCAGCUCCCCGAGACUUUCCUUGUCACUUGUGAGUAUGAUAUUCUUAGGGACGACGGACUUUUGUAUAAGAAACGCCUGGAGGACAGUGGCGUGCCAGUGACAUGGCAUCACAUUGAGGAUGGCGUCCAUGGAAUGACAUUCACAAUAGAUUAUGGGGUGCUUGAAUUCCUAAAUGCACGAAUCACUUUGCAGCAUUUAGUUAAAUUCUUAGGAAGGUUAUAA